AUGUACCACCUCGCCAAAGGCCUCUACCGGCUGGCCACCAGUCCACCCAACCACAUCUCCCAACCACUAACACCCCACCCCUUCUCUCCAGAGUAUUCGGUCCUCCUCCUCGGCCUCGACAACGCCGGCAAGACGACCUUCCACGAGCAGGUCAAAUGCAUCUUCGUACCCGACGGGCCCGCCCCGAACCUGCAGACCGUACCGACGGUGGGGCAGAACGUGUCGACCAUCGUGCUGCCGGACAUGUACCUCAAGCUCACCGACAUCGGCGACGGCAGCCUCGAGCACGACGCCACCGGCCGCCUCGAGGAGUGCCGCCUCGUGCUCGAGGACGUGCUGCAGAACAGCGAGGCCGAGGGCGUCCCGCUGCUGAUCCUCGCCAACAAGCAGGACCGCGAGGAUUGUGUCGAGGUCGUGCGCAUCAAGGAGGGCCUGGUCAAGCGCGUCUUUGAGGGUGAGAAGUCCGGCGGCAUCCGCGACUCGCGCGUCUUGCCUGUCUCGGCCCUGACCGGGACGGGCGUCAAGGAGGCUGUGGAUUGGGUGCAGGUCGCGCGUGAAAUGGAAUACCGAGAGUCGGCCGCCGUUGAUGAGGUGAUGGGUCGGGGCGAACAUCUUCACGCCCCGCUGUCAUGGCGGGACGCGCGCAUUCACAAAUAA